AUGAAUAAAAAUAAAUCCUCAUCUAAUUCGAAAGUAAAGAAAACGCUUUUACGAAAUUAUGAAUUGAAAGUGAAACCGUCGAUGCGGAAGCAAGUCGUUCAUGAUAUAGCUUGUUCUUCAAAUUCAACAGUAAAAUCUAAUUUAUCAGAAAAGGAAAAUUUAAGUCAACCAUCUUUAUGUUCUAGUGGAGCUCUAGCUAAUUAUUUAGAAGUUCCACCACAACUUUUCUCUGAAGAUUUAAAUGUUGAUCAGGGUCAAGUAUCUGCAAAAGUGACUAAGAAACUAAACUUCCAUUUUAAUGAUAAAAUGUAUAAAAACCUCAUAGAAUUGAAUGCUAGCGUAGAAGAAUUUAAAAGUAAGAAAGACAGACGGCCCUCUAGCAGUACUACAUCUAAUAAAAAAGAUGUAGAGCCCAAUAUUGAAGAUUUCUAUGAAGAUGAGAAGGAAAUAGACUCUCCACCAAGUAUCCCAGUUUUGAAACCUAAAUUUAAACCAAUAAAAAGAACAGAAGAUGGCCGAUUACACAAACUUGUUGCAGCAUUUGAAAAUUUAUGA